AUGCGAACAGUCUUGAUCAAGCUACAGCAGGUUGGGGAGCAGCCGAUUGCGUCGAAAAAGGGAUGUGAUCUCUUUGCAUGCAUUUUUGAGCCCGCCAAACACAAGAGGCUGGCAACUAUUGGGGUGACGCCAUCAUGUCGAGCGAAUUAUACUCGAAUUUUAGUUUUGACAUGUUCACAUGCCUGUUGGCAAUGGGUUUUAUCUGUCAAGACUCUGACCGAGGGUGCCUAUCGCAAUAGCUCCCGCCCUGUACGGUGGUGGCCCUCACUUUCACGAGACCCUUCGAUGAGGUGCUGCCAGCCGCGAGUUUCGUAA